AUGUUAGGUGAACAAUUGAAUAGUGAUGAAUCGCGAGGCCUUCUAUUGGCUAUUGACAAGAUGCGGGAACUCUUGCAUGGAGAAAAGGUGGCUCUACCAGAAAUUGUCGUCGUUGGGGAUCAGUCGGUGGGUAAAUCGUCGGUAUUAGAAGCUAUAUCUGGUAUUCAAUUACCUCGUGCACAAAAUAUUUGUACCCGCUGUCCACUCGAAUUACGGAUGAAAACUGCUAAAGAUGAGGAAUAUGCAAUAAUACGUGGUAGUGUUGACUCUACUAUGGAGAAGCGUAUUGAUGAUUUGACAAAGAUUGCUGAUGAAGUUAGUCGAUUAACAUCAGAAAUUGCUGGUAAAGGAGCUAAUGUUAGUUCAAAUCCUAUCUACUUAACCGUGUACAAGCACGAUAUUCUGUACGAUUUGACUCUUAUUGAUCUUCCGGGUAUUACACGAGCUCCAGUACAUGGUCAAGCAGUUAAUAUCCAUGAACAAAUACUGGAGUUAAUCAAAAAAUAUAUCGAGCCAAAUACCGCGAUUGUUCUACAUGUCAUUCCGGCUUCAGUCGAUUUUGCCACAUCAGAAUCGAUGAAACUCGCCAAAGGAUACGAUCCAUCAUGUCAGCGACAGCUAAUUGCAGCCUCGAAAAUUGACAAAUACGAUAAAGGCAUUGCGGAAAAAUUGCAAGGUCGUGGGCUAGGUUCAAUGGAACUUCAAUUGGGUUGUGUUGCUGUUCUCAAUCGAAGUCAAGACGAAAUUGAUCAGAAUAUUUCAUUCGAUGAAAUGAAACAACGAGAAAAACAAUUCUUUAUCAAACACAAAGAAGCAUUUCAACAUCUACCAGACGAAUUUAAAGGUAGUGAACAAUUAGUUCGUCGUCUAGCUACUAUUCAACAAGACCGUAUUCGUUCUACAUUUCCACAAAUCAUCAAAGACCUAAAAAAACAAAUAGUCGAGAAAAAAGCUCAACUGAAAAAGAUUCCGGCUUCUAUGAAUACGGAAAGUGAAUGUUGGACACAUUUUCAAUCAAUGGUCAAUGCAUAUCGGGAAAGUAUUCAUGAUAAUGUGAAAGGCGAAUAUGAUCAGGUGGCGUCGAUGGAGAUUACCGAAGUUCCUAACACAUCUGCAGAUGUCGAAAUUAUCUCUAUCAAUGAUCUUGAUUCAAACGAUCAAUGUGAUGAAUUUGAAGAAGAAGAAGAAGAAGAAGAAGAAUUUUCAACCGACAAGAACGAUGAAGACCAUAUUGCUUAUCAUAUUUACCAGUUACAACGUAAAUUUCAGAAUGAAUGUCGAAAAAGUUUCACGAAUUUUUUUUCAAAUCAAUACCAUAAAAUUGUACUUCGCGAAAUUGAUCGAACAGCUGGUGUUUCUCUACCGAAUUUUCCUAGUUAUCAAAUUAUUGUAGGACUUUUCCGAAAAGAACUACAGAAAUUGCCUCAUUGUUGUUACGCAUUGGUUGAAGGAAUACAUGAAUACAUGUCACAAUGUUUGCUACAAUCAUUCGAAAAGGCUUUCAAUAAUGAAUAUCCUCGUCUGAAAGAACGUCUGAAAGAAGUUAUCAUUAAACAACUUAAUGAAGUAAAAGAAGUUGUAUUCGAGCGUGUCCUAGAAAUACUCAAUAUGGAACGACGUGUAUUUACACUCAAUCAUUAUUAUAUGGAUACUGUGAAUAAGUUAAAAGAAAAGGAUAAGAAGAGACAUGAUGAUCAUUUAGAGCAAAAUGCUGCAUCAUCUUCAGCUUCAGUUCGUCCGAAAGUAACAUUAACUUCGAUUAUUCAGAAUUCGACUGACAAAGUUGCUUAUGCGCCUGUAUCCAAUGAAGCUCAGGCUGCAAAAGACAUUCAAAUUGCUCUUCAUGCUUACUCAAAGGUAGUGGAAAAACGUGUGACUGAUAGCAUGGCACAAACAUGCUAUUAUCAUUUCAUUACACAAUGUGCGCUAAAAAUCGAUCAGUUGUUGAGCACUUCAGUGACUUCGUCACAAUUGGUUCACAUUAUGCGUGAACCACAGAAACAAACCAAUCUUCGAAAUAAACUCAUGCGUACUAUUCAAGCUUAUGAAGAAGCAUUGCAGCUUGGUUUAGCACAAAUGUAA